CUUGUGCCCCCCGGUGCCACAAUGCAGGGCGAACACUAAACGGCACUAACACCGUCCUCACUCGCGCACCUGCUCUGCUGCUCUGCGCCUGCUUGCGACUUGCAUCAGCAACCCGCGCCUGCACCUGCACCUGCUCCUGCACCCAAGUCACUCACCCGCCCAUCCCUACUCAUUAUCUGCGAGGAAUAACAUCUAGCUCGCCCUCCCUUCAAAUUCCUCCCUCCGCCCUCGGUGCUGCCUCUGUCUUCCCUCUCAUACUCAUCACUCUUUGCGCACCACGCAAAUCCCACACCACACAAAACAAAAAAACACAAAUACUCGACUCACAAUUCCUCGCCAACAAAACCCCACGCGGACCAGUUUCUUUUUCUGGAAACUGUCACAAGCCCCACAGCGACAAUCCCGCUCUGAUCGUGCUGAUCGCUGCUCGCUGCUUGUUGAUCGCUGCUGCUGCUGCUGCUGUGUUGUCCCAGCGCACACAUAACAAUAAGAACCCGGCUCUUUUGCGCGCGUUGCGUUGACCGAACCUUCUGCGCCACCCGACCACGACCCGACCUUGCACUUUAGCUUUUUCAACGUCAUCCUACUCCCACCACAGGAUUCGCCCGCCGCCUCUCAGCCUCUCAACUGCGCACUGCGCACCCUGCGCCGCAGAACCAAGGCCGCCUGGCCGGUCCCUUGAAUUUGAAAACAACCCCGAGACAGUCGGCCCUCGACCUGCACCUUUAAGGACCCCUUCCCAACGGGCCACGGCCGACGGAACCGGACUUCCAAAACACCAACCGCUUACUCUCCCGCCCAACCCACUCGCACACCAACCCGCCCUGCACCACCACACGAUGUUUCUGGGCUUAUAGCAACACUGUCCCUAGGGACACCUUUCUGCGCAACCCCCAAGGCCACCCUCGGACCUGAGCGGGAGGGCUGCACCUCACCACCUCAUAUCUCGGAUCUCCAGAUCACGCACCUGUCCGGUCUCCGAUCUACUUGUCUCUUGACCGGCUCGACGCGACCCAGUCGACCGACCUGUUUCGAGAAUUGAUCUGCCUUGCGUCACCAGUCGACGCACUCCUGCAUAUAUUCACCACUGCAACCCUACGCCGCCCCCGCCAUACGCAUCUACACCCAUACAGACACCCAGAGAACCACUAUUCAUAAUGUUGAAGUAUCCAAACCACGGCAGCGCCACCUCCAACGUGCUGGCCUGGAGCUCACACUCCGCAAACGUCGAGUCGGUCGCCGAGGACGACGCCGCAGCCGACGCCGACGAGCCCCCAGAUUCAAACAUGGCGACCACUUACCAAGCGUCUCCACAGUUCAGAAGGGCCUCUGUCGCCAAGGCCAGGGAGAACCACGCCUCGCUCCUGACCCAGGCCUUGCAGAGCGCCUCCGAGGGAGAGUCACCCGACAGCACUCCAGUCGCUGCCGCUACGCGCCGACGACGAUCCAUCACCAGCCAGAUUUCCCUGGCCUCAACCGCUGAUCUGACGAGCGACACCGGGCUGAGCACCCCGGCCAGGACAAACACUCCCAGCCCCCGCCUCCCCAGUAUUGGCUUCGCUGCUCUUCCCUUGGACAAGCAACAUGGCGCGUCCGGCCUCCAGAUCAUCGGCUCUCUGCCCAGAAGGCCUGCACCCGCCGCGCCUUCGAACGAGCAAGUGCCGAAGCCUGAGGAUGCACCCAAGGACCCCGCCGUGGAGGCUAUCGCCAAGAAGCGAUGCAUCUCAUUCGCCUGCGCAAAGCCCAAGGUCGACGUGGCCAAGCCAAAGCCUGCGGUUGUAGUCCCAGUUGCGGCACCCGCGCCUGCACCUGCAGCGCAAACCGUCCAGCCGAGGAAGACUUGCAUCAAGUUCGCAUGCACAGCUCGCCCUACAGCCCAGCAAACCCCUCCACAGAAGCAGCGCCUGGACAUUCCGAAGCCCGAGGAGAUUGGCUCGGUCUCGACCGUUGUGACCAGGUCACCCACAACUACCAGGAAGGCGCGCUCCCCUGUGGCUUCUCGGUCCCGACCAUCACCCCGCAGGUCUGCGCAGAGUCCUGUGGCUACUCGCAAGACCAGGUUCAUCACCGCAGACUCGAGGGAUCUACAGGGCGAGAUCUGCCACUUCCACGAGUUUGCCAGUGACCACCCUACAGAAGAGGACUGGAUCCGCCAGGAGAAGGGCAUUGCCAAGGCCAGACUUACCAUGGACGACCUGCUGAAGAAGGAGAACGACAUUCGUCGUCUGGGAAAGGAGGCUGAGGAAGAAGCCGAGCAAGAGGAGGCAGAGGAGGAGGAGGGCGAUGAGGCGCUCGACGAGGAUGACGACGACGAGGAGAAUGUCGAUGACGAAGACGACGGACUCGUCGAAGAAGAGGAUAUGGAGGAGGACGACCAGUCAGGAUAUGGCUCCGAUGAUGAUUUCUCGGAUGGCUACAACACCGACGAGGAAUACGGAUUUGCCGAGUCUGAUGACGAGGAGAAUGACGGGCUGCACCUCUGGACCUUCAACGCGCACCAGGCAAGCCAGGGUCGGGCCUCCGAGGCCACUCCGGUCUUCCGGCCUUGGUCUCUGGGCGGCCACCAUUCGGACUCUUCGAUUGGCUCCAAGAAGCACAUCCGGGGCAAGCACUCGCAGUCUAGACUGACCGGCCGCCCCGUGACUCCGGAGCUGCCCGACAGCACUGACUUCGUCUGUGGCACGAUGGACGAGGACAGACCGCUGGAGGAGGCCUACUUCACGCGACUCGCUGCCCGGAAGCAGGAAAAGCUGCGCAUCAUCCCUCAGGAUAUCGACCCCAGCUUCCCUACCUCUGAGCCCGAGGACGAGGACGAGGACGACGUCAAGCCUGGUCAUGGCAGCGACGACCACCUGUGGCUCCACGGCGAGCUGGAGGAACUCGAGGAGGAGCGUGCAGACAGACGCCACAGGAGGGGCGACAACGCCUCCCCAAAGCGGCUGCGAUCCCCUCCGCCCAAGAGGCUCCGCUCACCCCCGCCCAAGGCUCGUGGCCGAUCCCCUCGGCGCGUGUUUGAUCGCGCAUCGCCCAGGCGUAUCAAGUCUCCGGCUCCACAAGGGCUGAGGUCGCCACGCGCGACGCCAACCCAUGCCGAGAACGUCCUAGCCUUCAAGGCAAUGGCCUCCAGACCGGGACUUACCCACACAAAGUCGCUUCCUCGCGGAGCCUACUUCCCGGCCCAUGUGAAGUCGGGCAGGAGGACCAGGGCCAACACGGCAAACCGGGACAACGCUCACGUGCGGGGAGCCAUCGACAUUGUCAAGGGCCUGGAGCACAAGCGCCAGCGCAGAAAGGAGAAGUUUUACCAGAAGUACUGCAACCGUGCCCGCAAGGGGCAGAUCCCCGAGAAGAAGGCCCAGCCGGGAGAGGGAGCCGAGAGGAUGCGGGAACUCGGCCUGACACUGGCCGGAAAGAUGGGCCAGGGAAACUAUGUGAUCUCCAUCUAGGCCUAUAUGGUAGUGGAGACAUCAUCACAGGGCGGUACACGGCGUUGUUUUCUUUGAGCAUUUACCAAACCAUACCCAAGUCACCGGCGCAAAGCAUAUGGGGAGUGGGGCACUCCCCGGUCUUGGAAGGGGAGAUCUGGCGCAAAACUUUUUUGACGAGCCAUGACAGCAUCAUUCUUUCCCGUUUAUAUUACUUUUUUUUGGAUCUCAUAUGUCCAGCUUUGUUUUUCAACGGAUACCCAGCAUUUGGAUUUUCUCAGGAGGCUAAGUGAGGGUGGGGUCCCGAUUUGUGGUUCAGGCUGUACA